AUGUGUGUGAUGCCCUGCCUGUCCUUGUCUGCAGAUGACGCGCGCGGUUCCUCCCUGGAGGCCUCCAGCAAGCGGAAGCGCACGGCCUUCACGAGCACGCAGCUCCUGGAGCUGGAGCGGCAGUUCGCCACCACCAUGUACCUGACCAGGAUGCAGCGCAUCCAGAUUGCGACGGCGCUCCGCCUCAGCGAGAACCAGGUCAAGAUCUGGUUCCAGAACCGGAGGGUGAAGCGCAAGAAGGAGGAGGAGGGCGUGGGCGCGGAGGGGCAUAACCACGGUGGGCCGCACGACGCCAAGCUGUCCUCGUGCUGCUGCCUCCGCACCUGUAACGCCCCCAAGAGGCCGAAAGUGGCCACCGCUGCCACCGGAAGUAGCUCCGAGGGCGCCGGAGCCGGCGCCUCAGCUUCCGUUCCCGACUGUGGCGGAAGUGGCGAUGCCAUGAACGACAGGGGAUGCGGUGUCGACUUGUCCGACACCAACAGCAAUUGUAGCAACGUAAGCGACCGGGACGAACACUUAAGACUCAAGGUAGAAUCCUUCAAGACAGAGCCAAACGAGGGUUAAAGAUCGCUGCAGAAGAAACCUUUCACAGGGAUGCCGAAGUAUGGAUGAUGGGUAGUGUUAGUGGUGAAGUACCCCUCCCCUCUUUUCCCCAUCUUCUCUCAACCCCACCCCAGCUACUCGUCUGCAAGCCCCUCUUCAGAAAGUCCACGUGACCUACUUCUCUUGUUAUUAGAAUGAGUACCACAGAAAAACCCUUUUUUUUAUUGAUUAGAGGUUAUAGGCGUCAUGCACGUUGACAGCAUAUUGCUCAAGACACAUACUGUACCGGCGGCGUUUCUGUUAAACAGCUCUGAUGCUUACUAUCAGAAGCCUUACACUGUGACCAUUAGGUGUGCUGUUACCUAGAUUUAUUUUUAAAGAGUGGAAAACUUCUGCUUUGAAAUUGUGAUACAAUUCCGUCAAAAACUAGAUUAAGACCGAAGUCCACGUAUAUUGCGAGGACGAGAACCGUAGUUGGUAUGUAUUUUAGCAAAAAUAUGAAAGUAUUAAUAU